AUGAGCGACCGCCAUAAUGCGGGACCAAAUGUGUCGCUCUCUUCUGCACAAGAAAUGCGUCUUCAGCUUACCGGCUACAUCUCCAGUGCGCUGUCGCUUACAGGGACACUCUAUGUGAUUGUACACUUUGGCUACGUACACUGGUGCAAGACUCACGCACUGCAGCUACCUCAGCAGCAAACUGCAUCUCAGUUGCCACAUCGCCACCGCAUGGACUUUAUCGAGAAGCUUGUAUUCGUACUGGCACUCUUCGACCUCGUCACCAUCACAGCACGCGCAGUCGGGCGUAGUGUCGUGCACGACUUGGUGCUCUGUCAAGCACAGGCGGCAGUAAUACAGGCUGCUACUCUUGCCAGCUGUAUUUGGAUAUGCUGCAUGGACUACAACCUCUAUCGAUGGAUUGCCGGUGGUGAGUCGGACGCGACGCGACAACGAAGGUUUCCAUUGUUUCUAGCGAUUGCAAUUGUGCCUGGAGCGGCUUUUGUCGUUUACCAUCUCAUGACAAAUAAGUAUGGUGACGCGACGUUCUACUGCUGGCUGGAUGAGAUCCGCUACAUGUUCCUGAACUUCUACCUGUUGUAUCUGCUUAUGAUUGUGUUCAACUUUGUACUCCUGGGACUCAUUCACCUGAACAUGAAGCAGCGAAUGGCAAGGCACGAUACAGUAGAGGCUGAUACGUCAUCAACACUGAUUCGUCGCAAGUUGUUGCUCUACAUUGUCGUCUUUACGGCGCAUCGCGUACCAAUGAUGAUUUAUCGGAUCUUUGAAGCUGGUGGGAUGAAUAGUCUGAGUGUAGGCCUCACCGUACAAGUGAUCCAAGAUCUAAACGGCUUCUCCAACUCGAUUGUUUACGGCGGUAUUUGCCGCAGCCGUGCUACAAAGGUGCCACCGCCGCGUGAUUGCGAAGCUGAAAGUAUGUCUUCAUCACCGAACAGCAUUGUAAAUGGCUGUGCUGUGAAGGAGUGUACAGCGGUAGCGAAGGACGAUCUCGAUACCGUAUUCUGUUCACCUGCAAAGAUUGGAACUGAUCGGACCCAAUCAGGACGUAAACUUUCGUGCGAGUCGGAAAGCGGACACUCUCAUGCGGGCAGGAAUUCCCGCUUUCGCAAGGGUGAAGUCAUAAAUCAGGAGCAGCACGGCAUUAGCUAUCGUACCUGGCAUCAGCGUUUACAAAAGCGCUUAUUGUUGCACCAUGCACCAUCGCCCGCCCCUGUGGAUCCUAGAAAAAUUGCAAUUUUUGCGUCUACAUUCAACAUGGGCGAGAAGAAUGUAAACGAAAGUGAACUGUGCAAAUGGAUUCCAUUCGGACAAGAUGUUUACGUGAUCGGUGUUCAAGAGUGCAUGAAUAUCGAAGACUUGCAAAUCAAGAUCAUGCGUCAUCUCGCUUCCGGGCCAAGUAGUAAAUACGUGCACUACUCGCGCGAGAUUGGCAAACGAGCUACAGCAUUAGGCUAUCACGGGUAUAUUGCCCUAUGCAUUUUUGUACGAGCGACAGCUGUGACAUCUGGGCGCUUUCGUAUGCCUCACCGACAGAGCAGCAAGAAAAAUGCUCAAGAAGUCUUCCGCGGCAAAUCACUUUUGGUUUUCGGCCGGGCAUCCAACAAAGGCGCCGUUGGUAUGUCUUUUCGGUUUGAUGAUACGUCCUUUGCUUUUGCAACAUGCCAUCUUGCGUCUGAUUCAUCAAGGCUGGAACGAGCUAAGCGUAAGAAAAGCUCUAACGCCGUUUUACAAUAUCAAAAGACAAGUGACAGUGCUGUGGAACUGAAUAUGCUGUAUAACAGCGGAAGCGUUGGGCGAAGUAGUGUUGGAAAUAGUGGUAGCAAAGCUUCCUUGUCCGACGAGACCAAAACAGUGGCGCACCAACCACCGUCCAAAGUGGAGCGGCGCAAUCAAGACGCAAUGGAAAUUCUUCAGCAGCUGUACUUAGACGAAGAAGAUUAUGGCUUUGGCUUCCCACAUUUGCAUCAUCAUAGCUUUAUUCUUGGUGACCUCAAUUAUCGGAUGACACGAAGAGGAGCAACGCCAAUGGAUAUGCUGGAAUUGCUUGCGAAUGCUGGAAUUGAGCACCAUAAUACAAGAGACAGCGUUUACACGCUGGCUUUGCCAUCACCGAGUUCCCCAGCAAGUAUUCAAACAUCGCUGCGUGAGCUUUCCGUUAAUGGUCGUGAGAGCGACUUUCGGCAAUGCAUAACACCCAAAGUGCAGAGCCCAGUGCCGACUAUAAUGACUCGGAAGAACUUAACAAAGCGGACAUAUUCAUCGCCCUGCAACAAUGACAGCAAUUCAUUGCCAUUCGUUCUGCAUUCACUCGUCGAGGAGCACGACGAGUUGUACCAGCUAUGCCGCUCGCAGCAAAUUUUCCACGGUUUUCAGGAAAAUGAGAUCACAUUUUUCCCUACUUUUCGACGCAUCCGAGGACAAGCUCUGCGGCAACCACUCGAUUCGGUCAUGUUUCGGCAAAACUAUUCGCUUGUUGCCACUCAUGGCGGGUACCGUGUGCCAUCUUACACAGAUCGCGUCUUGUAUACCUCGCUUACAGGUGCCAACCCUAUGAUUCUUCACGCUCAUCCCUCAGCAAGUACACUAGCUACUGCUAGAAUGAAAGACGUACCUGGCGCAUGUGAACUGCGUCUUCGACUCGAGUUUCGUUCAAUUCACUGGAUUGACGCAGUCGACUCUGCUUUGUUUGAUCGUGCUGAACAUUUACAGUUUGGUUUUCUCUUUCCAUUGCCGUGCGAGGAUGUCUUUGCACCCCAGCGCAAGUUGCAUGAAGUAGCCGAGCACUUGUCGUUUGGCGUGUCUAAGGCUGGAAUCACAGAUGACAUAAGCUUUACGUCGCCUAUCACGUCCACGUCCAGCUUUUACACAAUCAAAUGGCACGAGUUUGUUAAUAAUGGAUUACGGCAUCAUACCAUGGCAGGAGCUAUUGGUCGCAAGCACGUAGCUGUGGUUCUUCGUUCACUAGACAGACGACGCACAAUGUCCAAGACCUCAUCGGCUUCACAAUUAUUACACGCUAGCUCUUCACUAUCUCCAUGUACUGGUGAUAACUCCAACGCUUCUUCUACGUGUGGUCCAAUUCACCACAAUACGUUCGUGUCGUCUUCGUCUUCGUUUAUGUCGAAGAGAAUUUUUGGUCAUGGUACAUUCUGUGCGGAAGGAAUGACAAAGAAGACCGAUGUUUGUGUACCAUUAACGCUUGGUGGAAGACUCUUAGGUCGUCUUCACUUACGUGUGUCCUUGCAAAUGCGUCAGAAAUAA